GUAGCGUACCCGCCGGCUGCGAGGCGCGAGGCGGAGGCGGAGACUGCGUGGCGCAGGCGCGUUACUGGGCUUCUCUUGGGUCCCCAGACAGCUGGAGGAGAUAAACAGAGGAGGAGGAGGGAGGGGAGUGCGUGUGUGAGAGCGCGCGAGGGAGUGUGAGUGUGUGUGAGCGCGGGUGUGAGGCGGUGCGCAGGGGCGGGCGGAGGCGCUGUCCGGCCCCGGCCAGGCGCCGGGCGGGGAGCAUGGGAAGGGGCUAGAGCUGCUUGAGCCCCCCAGCCCCCUCCCCGGGAUCCUCGCCCCACCUCCCGGGAGAGGGGCCGCCCCCCCGGACGGAUAUGGGCUCCUGAAGUUGCGCCGCUGCCGGUCGGGGAAAGAGACCUGACAGGUAAUUAAAUGUGUAUUUUGUGGACCUGGGCUUGGCUGGAAUGCUCAGGAGUCCUGAAGAUCCUUUUAUAGCUACCUUCUGUUGAACCCAUUAAGAAAAGAUGGCAAAAGUCAACAUAACUAGAGACCUCAUCCAUAGGCAGAUCAAGGAGCGGGGUGCCCUGAGUUUUGAGCGGCGCUAUCAUGUCACUGACCCCUUUAUCCGGCGGCUGGGCCUGGAAGCAGAACUGCAGGGUCACUCAGGAUGUGUCAACUGUCUGGAGUGGAAUGAGAAAGGAGACUUGCUGGCCUCUGGUUCCGACGACCAGCACACGAUUGUGUGGGACCCACUGCACCACAAGAAGCUGCUCUCCAUGCACACGGGACACACUGCAAAUAUCUUCUCUGUCAAGUUCCUGCCUCACGCUGGGGACCGCAUCUUGAUCACGGGGGCAGCUGACUCUAAAGUGCAUGUGCACGACCUGACGGUAAAGGAGACCAUCCACAUGUUUGGAGAUCAUACAAACCGGGUGAAGCGCAUCGCCACAGCGCCCAUGUGGCCCAACACAUUCUGGAGUGCUGCUGAGGAUGGGCUUAUCCGCCAGUAUGACCUUCGAGAGAACAGCAAACACUCGGAGGUGCUGAUUGACCUGACAGAGUACUGUGGCCAGCUGGUGGAGGCCAAGUGCCUCACUGUCAACCCCCAGGACAACAACUGCCUGGCGGUUGGGGCCAGCGGACCGUUUGUGAGGCUCUAUGACAUCCGCAUGAUCCAUAACCACAGAAAGAGCAUGAAGCAGAGCCCUUCAGCGGGUGUGCACACCUUCUGUGACCGGCAGAAACCGCUUCCGGAUGGUGCAGCCCAAUAUUACGUAGCAGGUCACCUGCCAGUGAAGCUUCCUGACUACAACAACCGUUUGAGAGUGCUGGUUGCCACCUAUGUGACCUUCAGCCCCAAUGGCACAGAGCUGCUAGUCAACAUGGGAGGGGAACAGGUUUAUUUGUUUGACUUGACUUACAAGCAGCGGCCGUACACCUUCCUCUUACCUAGAAAGUGCCACUCCUCAGGGGAAGUCCAGAAUGGCAAGAUGUCCACCAAUGGUGUAUCCAACGGUGUGUCCAAUGGCCUGCACCUUCAUAGCAAUGGCUUCCGGCUGCCGGAGAGUAGGGGACAUGUCAGCCCCCAAGUAGAGCUACCGCCAUACCUGGAGCGUGUGAAACAGCAAGCCAAUGAGGCUUUUGCCUGCCAGCAGUGGACCCAAGCCAUUCAGCUUUACAGCAAGGCUGUGCAGAGGGCCCCUCACAAUGCCAUGCUUUAUGGAAACCGAGCAGCAGCCUACAUGAAGCGCAAGUGGGAUGGUGACCACUAUGAUGCCCUGAGGGACUGCCUCAAGGCCAUCUCUCUAAACCCAUGCCACCUGAAGGCACACUUUCGCCUGGCCCGCUGCCUCUUUGAGCUCAAGUAUGUGGCUGAAGCCCUGGAGUGCCUGGACGACUUCAAAGGGAAAUUUCCGGAGCAGGCCCACAGCAGCGCUUGUGAUGCAUUGGGUCGUGACAUCACAGCUGCCCUCUUCUCCAAAAAUGAUAGUGAGGAGAAGAAGGGACCUGGUGGCGGCGCCCCAGUCCGCCUCCGCAGCACAAGCCGCAAGGACUCCAUCUCAGAGGAUGAAAUGGUGCUGCGGGAGCGAAGCUACGACUAUCAAUUCCGCUACUGCGGCCACUGCAACACCACCACGGAUAUCAAGGAGGCCAAUUUCUUUGGCAGCAACGCUCAGUAUAUCGUCAGUGGCUCUGAUGAUGGCUCCUUCUUCAUCUGGGAAAAGGAGACCACCAACCUGGUUCGUGUGCUCCAAGGGGAUGAGUCCAUUGUCAACUGCCUGCAGCCACACCCCAGCUACUGCUUCCUGGCCACCAGCGGCAUCGAUCCUGUUGUGCGGCUCUGGAACCCCCGACCAGAGAGUGAAGACCUCACAGGCCGAGUCGUGGAAGAUAUGGAGGGUGCUUCGCAGGCCAACCAGCGGCGCAUGAAUGCAGACCCGUUGGAGGUGAUGCUGCUCAACAUGGGCUACCGGAUCACGGGCCUGAGCAGUGGAGGUGCCGGGGCCUCUGAUGAUGAGGACAGCUCUGAGGGCCAGGUGCAGUGCCGGCCCAGCUAGACCCUCCAGCCCUGGUACCCAGCCCCUGCUACUGGCUGGACCCUCCGCCCUGGGCAGGAGGUCGGGGGGAUUCUGUUUUGGUUUGUCUUCCCCACCCCACUUUUUUUCAUUUCCCCUGUUUUGUUUGUUAGUUUGGCAUUAGGGGUGGAGGUUGCUACAACUUGCUGGCUUUCAGACUCUGGGCUGAUUGUCCCCUGACUAUCCCCAGCCCUGAAAAAAAGAGCAGGAGGGGAUACCCCUCCAUAUGCCCCCCCACCUCCUGCUUCCAUGUCCCUGGAGGGCUCUGGCCUGCCUCAGAAUCCCUUCUGCCUCAGGUGGGGAAGAACAAGCUGAACUGUCUUCAGGGACUGUCCUGCCCUUCAGCUGGCAGCAGGAGGGGGAGUGGGAUUCCCAAUUGGUAAGGGCUCACCUUGGCCUGUUGCCACUCUUGCUCCCUAGCCUGCAAGGCUAGCUCCCCUGUGGUCUUCAGGAAAGGUUUUGAAAAAGGAUGGGUCCCACCCUCCCCCCAGAGCCACUAGUGUUAGAGCAGAACCAAAAGGAAGGACGGGAGCCCUGGAGUGGGCAAGACCAGGCUACCUGCUGAGGUCACAGUGGAGCACCCUCACUCCUCUCCUGGCUACUAGCUCUGGCCCUGCACCUACUCUCACUGGCCACCUCUGGAGGCUCUGCCUUUCCCAAGGGCCCUGGCAGAGGGUGGGGCACUGCACCUUACCCCACCCAUCCAUGCCAGCACUUCUGCACUAUGGCCGUUCUCCUCUUGGGCGCUCCUCAGCCUCACUGUGACCUUUCUGCCAGAGCUCCCAGCCAGGCCUACUCUGCUGAGGUGGCACUUCCUGCUAAGGGCCCUUCUCUGUCCUUUCUGCCCUCCUUCCCAUCCCACAUGCUGAGCCGCCACAAAGACCAAAGAAGUGAUGGCUUUUCUCUGCCCCUGCUGCUCUGAGGGGAGAGGGGUGGGUCUCCUGAGCCACUCAGAUGGGAAAGUCCCUUACUCGGCCCCUCCCUCCCCAGCAGCCCCAAGCUUUACACUGGAUGCAGCGAUCAACCCACCACUCACCAGGCCUCCCCUCCCCUCUGCCCCCUGGCUCUUAGCUCCAGCUGCUCCAGGUAGUUGGUUCAUCCUUCCCCCUCUCUCCCUCCCUGCUUCCCCUCAGUGCUUACUGGGCUCCAGCCCUCCAGCUGCAGCCCCUGGGGAAAAGCAGCCUCCCUUCUCCUCUCCCUCUACUCCCUCCCUCCCUUCCUCAGCCCCUGUCUCUGCCAGGUGCCUCCUCUCAGUCAGGCUUCAGAGCAGCCCUGGAGACAGGAGGGCCAUGUUAAAAGCUUUUUCACAGUUUUAAGAAGACAAGGGGAGGGUGAGGAUAGUGGUGGGGGGUCUGGCACCAUCUCAUUGCUUUAAUCCCAGCAACACAGGUGGCAGCUUCUCCCCCUUCCUUCCCACCCCAGUCCCUCUUCCCAUCCCUCUCUUCUAGCUUGGUAAUGAAGUAUAUUUAUUGGUGACGGAAACAGCUGCUGCUGCUUCUCCUGCUGCUGGGCCCUGCUCCCCUGUCUCUUCUCCGUGACCUUUCUCUAGCCAGGGAGAAGGGAGAGCAGGAGUAUUGGGGCUGGGCCCUGGGGCCCAAGGAUCAGCUGGGUCCCCUUUGCUUUCUUGUGUUCCAGCCACCUGCCAUUUCCUCCCUGCCUCCCACCCUCCCUCCCUGCCUCCUGUCCUGCUUCCCACCCCCUGCCUGCCCAGCCUGGGCCCUGCAGUGUGGAGAGACACAUAAGCCUUACUGUCCUCUGGGGGCAGGAGCCGAGCCUUUUUGUUGCUCCGCUCCCAGGAGAGUGAGGGUGACGCAAUUGAUUAAAACCAUUUUGUUCUAGGUGUGGCUGGUGGCAUUUGUGGGGUGCAGAUGGGUAUUGGAACCAAAGUGAGGGCACCUGGUCCCUCACCUCUGUAGCUCUAUGACUUUGAGUAACCACACCUCUACUGGGCAGAAUCCUGCCUUGAAGGGUCACUGUGAGCAGUGACCACCCCGCCCAGCAGGACUGAGUGCAGAGCCGAGCUCUCAUGGCUGUGAUUUGUAAUCAUCAGCUUUCACUCUCCGGCUGUUUUUUCAUCAGUAAAAUAAGGGGCUUGGAAUCUUAGUGGUUUUUCAAACCAAUUUACAUUGUGACCCAAUAUACACAUGAUUACUUGUAUAUAUAUGCGUGUGUGUGUAUAUAUAUAUAUAUAUAAUGAACAAAAGUUUUACACAAUAA